UUUAAAAGCUGGGUCCUUUUUUUUGCGGCUGGCGGCAGCUGGCACAGCCAACACUGCAACCUUACACCUUGACCUACUAGCUAGCAAGCAGACUAAUACCAUAGUGGCAGCAUUAUUCUUGCUCCAAUUCUAGAUCCAAUUGAAGCUAUGCAUCCAUCUGGUCGCCCACUGUAGGGUCUCGCGUAAGGCUACAAGGGCUUCAGGCAAGAAAAGAUUUGAACGGCAGAACCGGACGUGUAAGCCACGCGUUGGAUGAGACAACCGGCAAAGUGGGUGUCCAUGUAUUUGCCGAUUUCAGCCCGUCAUUGCAGUCGGUGGGCGUGCAGAUAAAGCCAGGAAACUUAGUCGAAGAUCCUGCAACCUUUCUUGAUGGAUUCCACGUGGUAGAGUCAGGCGAUGAAGGACUUGGAAGGAUUGCCGUUGCCACGCAAGACUACGCUGUUGGAGACACUGUACUAGUGGAACCACCUUUCUUGGUGUUUGACCCACAGUCAGGGUACCCAGGAAUGAUGGAUGCCUAUUUGAAUUCUGAUGCGGCCAGUAGAAAAGACAUGAUGGACAUGUAUUGUCCACCUUUGCCAGAGGAAGAAACAGAAGCAGAACAGAAAACGAACGGAGAUAUUGAUGCUGUACUCCAAAGGAAACAGGAAGAAACUCUUGAGCGUCUCGAUUGGCUGGAAUUCGAUUGGAAUCAAUAUGCCUGUCAAGAACCCUCCAUCAAGACAUCCAUGCCAUUGGAAACAGCCAGGAGAGUAAUGCGGAUCAUUGAUGCCAAUGCUCACAAUUAUGCAAUCCAAACAACAGGAGGGAUAGUGGACACUCCACAAAAUGAUCAAUCCGCAUUGUUUGCCCUAGGCAGCAAGGUAGAGCACUCCUGUGCUCCCAACUUGAACUAUGCAACUGAACACGGAAAGCUACAAUACACUGCCAUUCGACCCAUUGCCAAUGGGGAGAGGAUAUCCAUUUCCUAUGACACGCCAAAGUUUUCGCAUCCUCGCAAGCAACGACGCGAAUUCCUCCAAAUGAGCAAGGAAUUUACCUGCCGUUGUCGGCGCUGUCGGGGUCCGGAUGAAUGCAGUCCGUAUCAAUUUUCCUGUCCAACUUGCUCCUCCAGCUCGAUUGCAUUUUCGAACGAAAGCGGUGACGAGUAUUUCUGCAUAUCCUGUCAAUUUACGCUCCCUUCGUCAAAUAGUGGUAUUCGAGAACAAAAAGAAUUGGAGAAUUCUUUAUCGCAACAACUGGAAACAGAACAGAGCAAUAUGCAGGCUGGAGUCUUUGAUAAAAAGAUGAUUUCAAGAAUGGUGGCACUGCUCAACACAAUGACCCAGCAACUGCAUCCGCUCCAUUGGUUGCUUCCACAGGGUUGUGAUUUGAUGAGUUCCAUGGCUACAUCCGUUGCUCGCCUGGACAUGAAAGGUGGUCAGUCCCCCACAUCUCCUAUGGUACGAACACUGUUGUACCUAUCAACACUCUCCUGGCUGAACCAGGCUUGCUGGUGGCAACGAAUGGGGGCCGUUGCGUAUCAAGACAUGGAGCUCAAGGAUGCUGUGAGGGAUAGCAAAACACCAGCACCACUCCUCCUUACCGAAAACCCGACCUUGCACACUGUGGAAACCAUGGCGGAACAAGUCUGUGAAAACCUUUCAACCAACAGCUUUGUCAACAUGGCUCAUCCCAUCUAUCAUGCUGGUCAAGAUUGGUUGCUGGCCGGUCAUGCUCCUCAAGUGGCUCGACUAUACCAAGCAUUCAUGCCCAUCUUUCAACAAUGGAACAAGCUCGGUGACGAGACGCGGGACAAUAUUGCCGUUUUGGUACAGACCGAAGGUGCGACGAAUGAAUUCCCCAACCACCUGCUUCUAAGCUAAGCAAGAACAUCAAAAUUGCACUAUUUUUACCACUCUAGUGUACACGCACAUUGAUUCAUUCGCUUGGCAGCGCAAUCUGAUUCUGAACUCUAUUUUGGU